AUGUCUGUUUCCAUUGGCGAGAGCAAUGCAGUCCCUAACCACGCCGCCGGGAUUUGGAGCAUGACCAGGCACCACAAUAUUGUGGAAGUCUUACCGAUCGGCGAUGGGCCUCAUGUUAUUCGUCACCGUCCGAACCAAGCUCGUCGUCGUCCCCAUCCACAACACAACCAACACUUGCAAAUGUUACCAGCAGCGGUGCAACGUCCCCGGACACCACCACUCCCUCGACUCCCUACGCUCCGUAAAUUAAGUGGUAAUCGAACCCAUGAAUUCCAGCGGAACAUGGACUUCUAUUACCGCCUGAGGAACAGUCGUUUCGGAGGUUCUGCAACAGGAUUCGGUUACCGCCAGCUUCAACAGGACCUGCAGCCACCUGGCUAUAUUAACUGGCCUAUGAGCCACUCGGAUAUCGACGCUCUGACAUCUGAGAACGAAACAGAGCCUCUGGGUCGCGACCACCACUGGGGAAGGGCCCAGUUGCAUUUCCAGCAAUAUCUGAGCACAAAUUAUCAAAACCAGCAGUCCAGAACCACCACAAACAAUCCAAUCGUCUUUAAGUUGGACCUGAACCUGAUCGAAGUGAAACCCAUCUACGACAUCCUUUGCGGUCUUGGCCUAAAAGAGGCUUUGAGACUGGCCUUCAACGAAGUCUUUCACUUGCAGUAGACUCGGUCCUGCAUCCACAAACUUUCGAUAAUAAAGAUUAGAAGCAACAAAAGAAAACUUUUCAA